AUGUGUCUGUACAAUUUCCUGGUCACCUUUUUUGUUAUCACCUCUCUUAUCAAUCAAGUAGAUGGACAAUGUGCUAAUGCUCUUGGACGUGAGUUUUUUUUUAUGUUGUUUUGGUUAAUUGGGGUAGGCAGAGUAUGGGUGGGUAGAUUUGAUGGGUAUAGGUAGGGUAGAGUAAAAGAUAUUAAAUUAGAAUAAGGUAAAGUUGAGUAGGGCAGGGUAGGAUACUGUAGAGUAGGGUAACGUAGGAUAAGACAAAUUAGGGUAAGGUCGGGCAAAGUUGUGCAAGAAAGGACAAAGUACCAGAAAAUAAGGUAGAGUAGGGUGGGGUUAAGCAGGGUAGAAUAAGGUAGGGUACAGUUAGGUAGGACAAGGUACAGUAGGAUAAGGUAUAAUAGUGUAGGGUAGGAUAAGGCAGGAUAAGAUAGAGAAAGAUAAGGUAAGGUAGAUUGCUGUUCUCAUGAAUAUAUUUCUUUAGCUUGUAUUGGCGGUGAAUGUCCAGAUCAAGAAGAUGCUGGAGGGCAGUAUGUAUGCAUCAGCGAUACUUGUUGUAAGUUUUAUACUAUUAUGAAACUGUCAUUUUUUAAUCAAGGCUAACGUAAUGUCCUUAUUUCGAUUUUUAGAAAGCAGGAUACCUAAAAGAAGGAGGGGGGUGAGUAAACAGAAAACAAGUUUUUUAAGCCACCCCCCCCCCUUCCUGCUGCCAUCCGAAAGUCACCACCCCUCCCCAUGCUCCCGCCCAAAAAAAUGAUUCACUCCCCUACCCCUCCACCCCCCCCUCCCCAAUUUUAAAAAAAAUCAACAAUCCCCCCUCAAUUCCAGGCCCUCCAUCCACGCCUUCGACUUGUAAUGACAAUGCGUUGAAUUGCCAACAGUUCCUGGCCUACUGCAAUAGCCCUUGUUAUGGUAUGUGUAUGCAGCAGCAUUGUCCGAGCAGUUGUGGGGUGUGUUAG